AUGAAAGAGCCUCCUUAUCAUCAUGUCGAGAGAAAUCUUCUUCAGUUGAUCGUUCGCCUCAAUCUUCUGGAUUCCAAUGAGCUCAUCUCAAGAGACGAAGGACUCCAUCGCGACUUCGCUUGUCUUCUCUACUCGAUGCUUCAGAACAAGCUAACACAGGAGCGUAUCUUCGAGAUUAUCAAGGACGCCGUCUGCAUCGAGCAGGAGUUCUUGACAGAGGCACUUCCAGUUGACAUGAUUGGCAUGAACUGUCGUCUGAUGUCUCAAUACAUCGAGUUCGUCGCUGAUCACUUGCUUGCGGAACUCGGAUGCGACAAGCUGUACAAUGUGAAGAAUCCAUUCGACUUUAUGGAGAACAUCUCGAUAGAUGGAAAGACCAACUUCUUCGAGAAGCGUGUUUCCGAGUAUCAGCGUCCAGGAGUGAUGUCGACUGAGACCGAGCGUCAAUUCGAUCUGGAAGCCGACUUCUAG